AUGUGUGGGGAAUAUGGAAUUCCAGCAAAGUUCAAUUUCCGUUCUUACUGCUCAUGUGAUGCAAAAUGCAUUUUCUUUGAAGAAAGAACUGCAUGCUGUAAAGAUCUGUUUCUAAUGUAUCCUACAACUUGCUUAAAAGAAAAAAUAUUCUCAAAAUCUGAACCAAAUAAAACAUUUAACGAAAGUUUAGUGACAAAUGGGUGUUAUGGUCUAGAUCGUUUUCCUGAAUUUAUAGGUCAGAGGUGUAGGAAACCACCGGGGGACGUAUUUUCUAUUCACCCAGUCACGGAUUUAUCGACAGGCAUUCCAUAUCUAAAUAUGUACUGUUUACUGUGUAGUGUUUCUCGAAGAGAAAAAAAUUACAAACCAUGGACGAUGAAGUCACAUUGUUUUUCAUAUAUUGAACACACAAACUUCUUGCUUUAUAGUAAUUUUUUCAAGUCUUUACGAAAGGCUGAUUGCAAUUUGACGCUUUAUCCAGCAACAGACAGUCGAAAAUGUGACAAACUCACGCCUGAUGUAAUAGAGAAAUGCAACAAAACGGGACACUGGCCAAUUAUAGACUCAGAUGUAAGGUGGGCAUGCGAGGAUCUUCCAUACAGACGGUAUCAUGAUUGGGUAGCGCCUGAUCAGUUUGGAGGGGGUAUAUAUAAAAACGUUUAUUGUGCUAUGUGCAACCCUUAUAGAGCCGUGGAGAUAACAAUUGAUGAGUGUCCAGUUACCUCUGGUUAUGGAAAUGUUUGCGAUUUUUUUCCAAAGGUGUACUUCUAUGCCCCCUACAAGAAUCUCUAUUGUGCAAUAUGCAAUGGCAUCGGGUUGUCUGUGAAUCGCGGGGUAGGGGGUGGAACUGAAGAAGAAGAAGAGAAUUUGGUAUCAAAUUCCCUUGUUUGGUAUCCCUUGCUACGCAGUUUGUUUUCCGUCAGUGGUGAUUAUAAAGACAUGGAUUUUGAGGCGCUGCUUGGUCGGAUGUGCUCAAAUGACCAAAUUUACGACCCAUUCCUUGGAAUCUGCAGGAAUAUAACAUGUUUUCCCGGAAAAUAUUUAAUUCGUGGAGAAAGCUGCAUCCCGCUGUUUUCGGUUACCAAAAAUCUUCGAUAUAAUUUGGAUAUAACUUUCAAGGGAUUUUCUAAGUACAAGAUAUCCGAGGAAAAUAUUCAAGAUUUAAUCACGGAUUUAAUACCAUUCAAAAUUAAGAAAACCGUAAAGCUAACGGAAAAUCUUUUUUUUAAUAUCUUCCGUAUGAAAUAUGUUCAGAAGGACUACGGAAAAUUCCAUGGGUGGAUUCAAUCUACAAUAUUCAUCAAUGAAUCUGUUGAUCGAUUGAAAACGGAAAAAUUUCUAUUACGAUUUACUGAAACUAAUUUAGAAUAUAUAUGCAAUGAUACCUUUAUUCUGUUUGAUUUCAAGAACAGAUAUUUUUCGUUAGGAAAGAAUAACAGCAACGUAACGGAACUAGAACCAGAAGAAGAUCGAUGUUCACAAUCGAGUUAUGGUUCAUCAUGGAAUCAUAUAUUACAAUAUCGUGCCGUACAUAUCACUAACGUACUGAUAUGCAAACAAGUGGAAUUCAAAUUAGAGGAGUAUGAAUUUGAUAGCAUUCAAAACGUGGUGUUUUUGAAGAGUUACGAUAUUACUCUACCUGCUGUAAAUGCUGAUAUUUUGGAGAAUGGGACAAUCAGAGUGUGUGUUGAUGUCUUAAUGUCCAAUUUCAACAGGGGGAUCAAUUUUAGUAGAAUUUUACGUACACUCUACGUUGUAUUUUCUAUAUUAUCGUGUGUUUGUCUGUUGAUCACUUUUGUCACGUACUGCUUUUUUGGAGAACUAAGAUCACUUCCAGGGAAAACAAUAAUGGUUCUUGUUUCUACUAUCUUUAUCAUAAAUAUUGUAUCUCUGGCGAGUUACGGGGAAAACAAAAAGAACACAAAAUGUGUUGUUGUUGGUAUUCUUCUUCAUUACUUCUGGCUCUCGUCUUUUACCUGUAUGAACAUCUGUUGUUUUCAUAUGUAUCGGGUUUUUCAUGCCAGAAUACCUCUGCAAAUCUACAACGAAAAUUUACUGCUUAUAAAGUAUUGUAUUUAUAUCUUUCUCUUGCCACUUUUUACUGUCUUAGGGUAUAUGAUUACCAUGUUUUCAAUUCGGGGGAAUGUUGGUUAUGGAAAGCAAAAUUGUUUCAUUGAUGGAAAGAUGUCCGUUAUCUUUACUUUUCUAGUCCCGGUUGGUUUUCUCUGCAUCAGUAAUGUCUUUUUCUUCUCACAGACAAUUCAUGCAAUUAAACUUUCUCCAACAGUUUCUAACAAUAAACCCGAAAGGAACGAUUUUUUAAUAUGUGUACGCUUAUUUCCUGUAACAGGAAUUGUCUGGCUUUUGCAGAUUUUAGACGGUCUUUUACCACCAAGUUAUUUCACGUACAUUAUUUCCAUCAUGAACACAUUACAGGGCGUCUUCAUAUUCCUGGCUUUUGUUUGCAAUAAGAGGACAAUUCUUAUGUACAAAAAGAUAUUUAAGGAAAAAACUGGGAUUACUAAAAGUACGGAUCCCAGUAGUGCGUGUGAAACACUCAAAAUGUCGAAAAUUGAGAGCAGUUGUUAG